UCCUUUACCUUUCUCUUCUUAAUCUUACAAAGUACAAAACCCUACGAGGAGCGAGUUUCAGAUUUCCUAGUCACUCUCCGUUCUUCAUCUCAUUCCAAACUAACCUCUCUCCGCCGCAAAAUGCCUCCUAAAUCCGCCAAAUCGAAGGAAGUUCCAGCUGAACGACCCAUCCUUGGUCGAUUCUCUUCUCACCUCAAGAUUGGAAUCGUUGGUUUGCCAAAUGUUGGAAAGUCUACUCUUUUCAAUACACUCACCAAGAUGGCUAUUCCUGCUGAGAAUUUCCCCUUUUGCACUAUUGAGCCUAAUGAGGCAAGGGUUAAUGUUCCCGAUGAGCGGUUCGAGUGGCUUUGUCAGUUGUUCAAGCCUAAAAGUGAGGUCUCCGCUUUCUUAGAAAUCCAUGACAUAGCCGGAUUGGUUCGAGGUGCUCAUCAGGGACAAGGGUUGGGAAAUAGUUUUUUAUCUCACAUCCGAGCUGUUGAUGGCAUUUUCCAUGUUUUACGUGCAUUUGAGGAUCCGGAUAUUAUCCAUGUAGAUGACACUGUUGAUCCCGUGAGGGAUUUAGAUGUUAUUACUGAAGAGCUACGGCUGAAGGAUAUUGAAUUCAUGCAAAACAAGUUAGAAGAUCUUGAAAAGAGCAUGAAGAGGAGCAAUGACAAGCAGUUAAAAAUCGAGCUUGAAUGUUGUCAAAAGGUCAAGGCAUUCAUCGAGGAGGGAAAAGAUGUACGCCUAGGGGAUUGGAAAGCUGCCGAGGUCGAGAUCUUAAAUUCCUUCCAGUUGCUUACUGCCAAGCCUGUUGUCUACUUGGUUAAUAUGACCGAAAGAGAUUACCAAAGAAAAAAGAACAAGUUUCUUCCCAAAAUUCAUGCAUGGGUCCAGGAACAUGGUGGUGGACAAAUGAUUCCUUUCAGCUGUGUCUUAGAGAAGAGUCUCUCAGAUAUGCCUCCUGAUGAGGCAGCUAAAUAUUGUGAGGAAAACAACGUUCAAAGUGCUCUCCCCAAAAUAAUAAAGACUGGAUUUUCAGCUAUCAAUCUCAUUUACUUUUUCACAGCAGGACCUGAUGAGGUUAAGUGUUGGCAAAUUAGACGCCUAACAAAGGCUCCUCAAGCUGCAGGAGCUAUCCAUACUGAUUUUGAAAAGGGAUUUAUUUGUGCUGAGGUGAUGAAAUUUGAUGAUCUAAAAGAACUUGGUACCGAGUCAGCUGUAAAGGCUGCUGGAAAAUAUAAACAGGAGGGGAAAACUUAUGUGGUCCAAGAUGGAGACAUUAUAUUUUUCAAGUUCAAUGUUUCUGGUGGAGGGAAGAAGUGAACCAGAACUUCGCCUUUUCUAGCAGUUUGCUGGUUUACAUGCAUGACGGACACACGCCUACCAUGUUCGAUUGAGAAUUCUUUAAGAGGUGAAAAGUGUAGUUUUCAGACAAUUUUCAUGAUGAUGUACUUAGGUUAAUUAUUUCUAGUGGAUUUUAAUUCGGAAAUUACAAUUUGUUAAGUUAUGUCUUAUAGCAGUUUUGAAUAUAUAAAUGUCCUAUUGAGUUAUUGCAUGAUGGAUCAAUCAAUAUAUUGUUUGUUAUACACA